UAUUAAUCGCUCGUGAUGCAAGCACUCCCACCCAUUUCUGAGAACAGAGGAGGCAGUCUGAUAACUCACAGGCUUCAAGCUGCCCUUAUAAAGUUGUUCCACUUUUGCAUACUUCCUCAUACUGCUGGUUUCUCUGCAAAGAUGAAGCUGCUCCUUUACUUAGUUUUGCUGAAGACAGCUCUCCUUACUUUAACAGAUGUCUUUGCAGUUGUUUUAGAAGAUGAAGAGGAUGCUACAGAAGGAAAAGUUACUGGGACUUGUCCUAUAAAGCUCAAAACUAAUCGGAAAUGUGAGGAAGGAGAGGAUUGUCCAUAUCAGAUAAAUCUGCCUCCGAUGACCAUGCAGUUACCCAAAGAAUUCAGACUGCUUGAGAAGACUCUCAAAGAAGUGCAGACCCUUAAAGAAGCAGUGAACAAGCUGAAGAAAUGCUGCCAAGAUGGCAAGCUGCAGGCAGAUGACAACCAAGAAAGAGACAGUAGUAACGAAUUCCUGCUACCUAAUGCAGACACUCCAGCAGAAAACAGCAAAAUCCAAGAUAACAGAGUAAAGGAACUGCAAAGCAAAGUUAACAGAAUGGCAACCAGUCUAAAAAAUGCAAAGAACCAGAUUCAGACACUGCAGGGUCGAUUAGAGAAGAUGAGCCUCAUUAAUAUGAAUAAUGUAGAGCACUAUGUUGACAGCAAAGUUGCUAAUCUGACGUUUGUUGUGAACAGCCUUGAUAACAAAUGCUCUUCUAAAUGUCCAGCAAUGCAGCCGAGCCCUGUUAUACAAAUAAUGCAGAGAGACUGUGCUGAUUAUUACACAGCAGGCAGAAGGAGUAAUGGGAUCUACAGGAUUAGCCCUGACCCCAGAAAUGGCAGCUUUGAAGUUUACUGUGACAUGCAAACCCACGGAGGUGGCUGGACGGUGCUGCAACGGCGUCAGGAUGGUAGCACAAACUUUAACAGAACCUGGAACGACUAUAAAAACGGCUUUGGGAACCUCAGCAGGGAGUUUUGGCUGGGGAAUGACAAAAUCCACCUCCUGACAAAGAGCCAGGAAAUGCAACUGCGAAUUGAACUUGAAGAUUUCAAUGGUAUCAGAGAGUACGCUAAAUAUGAACAUUUCUAUGUGGCCAAUGAAUACCUAAAGUACCGCCUAAGCGUUCACGGCUACAGCGGCACAGCAGGUGAUGCCCUUCACUACAGCAAGCGUUACAACCACGAUCAAAAGUUCUUCACAACGCCGGACAAGGACAACGACAGGUAUCCGUCAGGAAACUGUGGAGCGUACUACAGCUCGGGCUGGUGGUUUGAUGCGUGCUUGUCCGCCAACCUCAACGGCAAGUACUACCACAACAAAUACAAAGGUGUCCGCAACGGCAUUUUCUGGGGUACAUGGCACGGUAUGUCUGAUGGUAUUCCCAGUGGAUAUAGGCAAGCCUUUAAAUCGGUAAAAAUCAUGAUCAGACCCAAAAGUUUUGUGCAGUAAUUCUAUACCUUUCUUUUAACUAGUUUGCAUUGGAUUGCACUCAAAAUCAUACUUACUCAGUAUUAUACUCAGAAUUCAAGUAUUCAGUUAUGUUUGGCAUAAAACACUUCUAGACAAAACAACAUACUUCCACAUAAAUUUUUAGAGAUGGUUUGACCCACAUAACAUCUUAAAAACAGAUGUUUCUGAGUAGUUUUUGCUAAAACUUAGCAGAGGUUAAGUCUUAGUAUUGUUAUGUAAAUAUUCUAAACAUUGCUUUUGGUGCUUUUACUGACUGUGAUAUACCAGCUUCUGUGAUUUCAAACUUUGAAAUGGUCUUCCAUGAAUUGUGUCUGAAUAAACACAUGAAAAUAACUCAGAGGUAAAACUGAUAAUGUACACAUUUUUCAACACUUAGAAUGAAAAUUAGUCUCUCUGGAACAGCCCGACUUUUUGUAUCAUCUAUCCUUCACAUCUUCAAAGGUAUACCAUGGCAAUAUCAAUAUAAAUUAGGAAAACUACUACAAAUUACUAUUUUUAAAGGACUGGGAAACAGAGGACAACAUGGUUUGCCCAAAAACAUGAAAAAAAGCCUUGAAGAAAACUUAGAAAAGGAAGAUGAUUCCCAAAUCUUAUGCACUUUAUCAAAGAUUACUCAAAGUUGGUGAAAUAAUUGAAUAAAAGCAAGUGGAAAUAAUGUAGAGAGAAUGUAAUGAAAGACAACAUUCUUGCUCAUUUUGGUUCCUCCAUUCAAGCUCAAGGUCCUACCUUUUGUUUGUGGGAGAAAGGAGCUGUUACAUAGCUUAUUGCACAUUUGUAUAGUCAGGUAGACAGGUAGGAAGAAGACCCACCAAGAAGAAUCUGUGUCUUUGCAUUAAUGCCUCUGAAUACACACAAAAAGUGUUUCCAGUGCCAUUUUGCUUUCUCCUGUACCUUUUAGGUAAGACAAAUGUUACAAGAUAACUCUUGAAGGGACUAAAGCUCUCAUUUAAGUUCUUCUCACUCUAGGUAGACCUUCAAAUUGUAAAAAAGAUUAUAAAUAUUUUGUAAGAUAUAAAAAGAUUAUGUUCUCCCCUUUUCCUGGGUACCCUUUUGUAGCCACAGAAACACGAGCAAACCACUGACAAGUGUAAACAGAAAAAAGAACAUGCGAGAGACUUGGUUCUUCUCAAAUAUCACAAAUGAAACAACCCAAUUUUCAAAUACCUCAGGAAGUGCAAAUUGGAGAUAAGAUUAUUAAAGCUCAUGUUGUAAAGGAUGAGCACAAAUUUGACUACAUGGAUCUAUUGCUUACCCUAGAGAGGACACGUCUCUAACUACAGUGACCAGCUUUCUGAACAGAGAUGCAAUUUAUCUUAGCAAGAGGCUAUUUUGCUAUAUUGCUUAUGUCAAUCUUGAGAUGCAGAUAAUCUAUACUAAGACUGUAUUUCCAGUUAAAAUGUGGUGUUUGCUGGCAUAGCCUUUCUGGUUAAAAGAAACACACAAAAUAAGACCUAAGUAUGCACCUGACCUAAUACUUUACAAAUAUGACCCAUUUUUUAAGAUGAGAAUGAGAAAUAUUAUGGUUACAAGUUAUGCAAGUGAGCAACAGUGGCAACAGCUAAAUUGUAAAAUAUUAAUAUAUAUAUUUUAAGGAAGUAAAUACUUUGAAGGAUAUUCAGUGUGGUUUAGGAUAUGUCAGUUUGGUUUUUAGUAUUUCACUUUUAAAGAGUAAUGGAAAAUUUUAAUCGCAAGAUGUCUAAUCUUUGCUUGAGAACAUGUUUUGAAGCUAUAGAAUAUUUAUUUUGGGAUAAAAAAGGAUUGUCUAAACUAAAAAAAAAAA